AUGGGAGCAAUAAUUUCUAAAACUAAAAAUAUUCUUUUGGAACAAAAUAGGAAUAAUAUCUGGUAUGCUGUACUUCUUGGUAGCGGUGCUCUUAUUAUUAUCAGUGCUUCAAUGGCACGAAUAUCGAAAAAAAUUCUUCAAAAAAAUCACAAUUGUGCUUUCUUUGCCGAUCGAUCAAUAUCAUUCUUGUCGUCACAUCGUCCAUUAUCGGCCUCCACUGAACAGAUUGGUUAUGCUUCAAUUGAUGAAUUUCGUGAGAAAGUUCCAUUGACAACAUUCGACGAAUAUCGUUCUUAUAUCGAUCGAAUGAUGUCCGGUGGAGAAAAGAAUGUGCUAACUUCUGCUCGAUUAAUAUAUUUUGCUACAAGCUCGGGAACGACAGGAAAUAUCAAACUAAUACCUGUAGUUGAGACUUAUUUCGAAAAUAUAUCAAAACUACCAUUGGUUGCAUUUGCGGCCAUCUGGAGAUCUCUCUCGCCUACAUUUUUUCCUUCUCCUGAACAAAGAGCAUUCCAUUUACAAGGUGGCAAAAGAGCUGAGCUAUUUCAAAAGUCACAAGAUGACAUACCAAUCGGUCCUCUAACUCAAAUUACUUCAGCUAUUUCAUUAUUUAGUAGAAUGCGAAACCUAUCAUCAAUUUUAUAUAUAACACCUUUGAGUCUUAUUGAGCAAAUUCCUAAUUUCGAUACAAGUACAUUUAUUCAACUUACUUUUGCAUUAGCAGUUCCGGAUGUUAGUAUCUAUACCAUUCUCUUCGCUCCAGGAUUUAUUCACACACUUAAAAUGAUCGAAAAUCAGUAUGAAGAAAUUUGUCAUUGUAUUUCCUCGGCUAACUUUAAUCAUAGUACUCUUGUUCGAAAUAAUAUUAGUGAUACGAAACUUAUAGCCAUUCUGAACCGAACAUUAGACGAAAUAGCAAUUGAAUACGGAGGAUGGCCAUGCAGAUUGCAGCGUUCAGCCUAUAUUCGAACACAGUGUCAACAACUUGAUCUUCCUGGAAUUCUUCCACGUCUUUGGCCAAAUCUUAAAUUUGUAUCUACUGCAACAGGUGGCUCUUUUUCUAUUUACAAGCAACGGAUACAACACUAUUGUGGUGAAAACAUACCUUUGAUUAAUUUACCGCUGUAUGUAGCUAGUGAAGGGCUACUUGGAACUUUAGCAAGUAUUCAUACGGAUGAAUAUUUUUUGUUUCCCACAUCGGUAUUUUUCGAAUUCAUCCGCGAAGAAGAUUCCCAUCAAACUCAACCAAAAACUCUUCUUCUCUCAGAACUCGAGCCUGGAAAUCGAUAUGAGUUAGUUUGUACAAGUGAAGCUGGUUUUGUUCGGUAUCGAAUGGGAGAUAUUAUCACUUGUACUCGAUUUCUAUCUCGUGCUAAUGAUAUAGUUCCGCUCCCAUUAGAUCCAGUCGAAGUUCCUCCAAUACCCCUUGUUUCGAUUACAUAUCGUCUUGGCAGUAUUUUGGACGUAUAUGGUGAGAAAACAAGCGAACAACAUAUAAUGAAUGCUCUCAAUCGAGCAAUGGAUCGAUGGAGAGAACGAAAAAUAUCGAUUGACUUGCGCGAUUUCACAUCAUGUCCAAAAUUAGACGAAUUUCCAUCUAGAUAUGUUAUCUUUUUGGAGUUCAUGGAUGAAGGCAAUGAACUAGAUCACCAAAAACUUCUUCAACUACAAGAUGUUGUAGAUACUGAUGUUGAACGAGAACUAUGCGAAGUUAAUCCUUUGUAUAAAGACUAUCGAAAUUCGAAUCGACUUGGCCCUAUUAUAUGUAUUCUAGUUGAAAGUGGAACAUUUGCAGCUUUUUUACACGACAAAUUAAUAAAUGAUCGAGUCAGUCCUGUUCAAAUCAAACCGCAUCGAAUGUUAACAAAUGAACAACAUAUUCAAUUCUUUUAUGAUAAUCAAAUUUCUAAUUUCAAUUAA